UUGUCCGACAAUUUCUUAACUUACAAAUCUCUCUCUCUCUCCCCUAACUUGGUCAUUUCCUAUUGCUUUCAUCCCUCUAUAUAUUUCCUUCCUUUGCCCCAUCCUUAACAAACCCCUCUCUCUCCAUUUCUCUAUAUUUCUCAAUCUCUCUCUCUCUAGCUAAGAGUAAGACACGUCUCUGUCUUCAACUUCAUCAUCCAUUCUGCUGGUUUUUAUGAAUGGAUCAUUCAAGUGGACAACACCAAGAAACUCAAGCACAACCAUUGGAGAACAUGUUGGCUAUUUCAUGUCCUAAAGUACAGCAAGAAAACAGGAAGCCAAUGAGGCCACAACCAGAGCAAGCUCUGAGAUGCCCGAGAUGUGAUUCAACUAAUACCAAGUUCUGUUACUACAAUAACUACAGUCUUUCCCAGCCAAGGUAUUUUUGUAAGUCUUGUAGAAGAUAUUGGACCAAAGGGGGUACUCUAAGAAAUGUUCCUGUGGGUGGUGGAUGUAGGAAGAACAAAAGACCAUCACCUUCUACUUCUUCUUCUUCAUCUCCUUCUUCAAAGAGAUCGCAUGAUCAAGCUGCUAAUUCUGGCCGUUUAAUGCUCACUGAUACCCAUCUUCCAUCUUUAGCCUUCGAGUCCACUGAUUUAAGUUUGGCAUUUGCUAAGCUCCAACAUCAAUCAAAUGGGCAGAUGGGUCUUUUUGAUACAACCCAUAAAAGCUUUCAAAAUUUGUAUUCUGGGUUUGGUACUGGGAGUUCUGGGGAGGUUGAAAAUGGUGGAUUCCCUCAUUUUGAACAUUAUAACAGCAGCGGUGUUGCAUCUACAGCCACUGCUACAGCAAUGAAGCAAGAGAUGGUUUGUAGUGGAGAUCAAAAUAAUAUGGUUUUGUUGGGAUUUCCUUGGCAGUUCAACAACAAUGGAGAUGGAAAUUACAUGGGUGAUCUUGAUGCUGGAAGAGAGAGCUGGAAUUUUAAUGGAAAUGGAAUAGGUUCAUCUUGGCAUGGACUUCUCAACAGCCCUCUAGUCUAACGUAAGGUUCUUGGAGUGGAUUUAUGGUUUUUGACAGAGAACUAAACAAAGCGUACUUGAAUUCCCUGUAAUAUUUUGAUCAUACCAAACCUAUGAUCUAGUUAUCACUGUUCUGGUUAGAGAAAGCAAAGUCAAAGUUGGAUAAGCUCUUUUUUCA